AUGAAAUCUGUCUAUAUCGCAUGGGCGGGGGAUGGAACCUCAACUUUGGCAUUUGCUCAACGCUUUUGGGGCAUUCUGCAAAAUACCAACUUAGAACCCAUAAAUCCUGGAAAAAGUAAUACACAUUUCAUCACAUGUGAUGAAUUAGUGACUAUUGAUGAUGAUUCUGGAUCAUUGAGUGGAUUGAUUGGAACUGACAAGGAAGACUCUUUGUUUAUACUAUUUAUAUCAACUUCUAGUUGUGGUUCUCCCCCCAAAGGGGCUCAAAUUUUCUAUAAACAACUUGAAAUUUUAGCAGAAAAUACACAUAAAACUGAAAACUUGCUAAAAGAAGUGUCAUAUCUAAUUGUUGGAAUUGGUGAUAGCCAAUUUGGGGAUGAAUAUUUUUGCUUAUCCUCCUUAAAGAUAAACAAUUUCCUGCAAAAAUUAGGCGCAACACAAAUGUCUAAGCAAAUCACUAUCGAUCGCAGAUUUCAUGAAUUAUACGCUAUUGAAAAUGAUGUAUUUGAUAAAAUACUGAACGCCAUAACUAAUCACGGAAGCGGUGAAUCUGUAUGGCAUUCAAACGAUAUAAUUGAUAGCGUUGAUGAUAUUGAAGAUUUUGGAACUAAAACUGCUGAGAUGUUGAGUGCCUUGCAAAAAAGGAAUUUGAUUAAAGAGGGAUAUAGAAUUAUUGGAUCUCAUAGCGCAGUAAAAUUGUGUAGAUGGACCAAAUCCCAUAUGAGAGGUCGUGGAGGUUGCUAUAAACAUACUUUCUAUGGAAUAAUCUCGAGUCGCUGUAUGGAAAUGACACCCAGUCUCGCUUGCGCUAACAAAUGUGUAUUUUGCUGGCGACAUCACACAAAUCCCGUAGGAACUAGGUGGAAGUGGAACACCGACGACCCGCAAUUCAUUGCAAAACAAGCGGAAGAGCAACAUGUCAAAAUGGUUAAAGAAUUGAAAGGAGUUCUUGACAUAAAAAGUGACAGGUUUGAAGAGGCACAGCAUAUUAAGCACUGUGCCUUGUCACUAGUUGGUGAACCAAUAAUGUACCCGCACAUAAAUCAGUUGAUUGAUAUUUUACAUACACGCCAGAUAUCUACUUUCCUAGUAACAAACGCACAAUUCCCGGAUUUGCUGAAUACCCUCAAAAAAGUCACACAAUUAUACCUUUCUAUUGAUGCAUUCGAUAAGGAAUCGCUCAAGAAGAUUGAUAGGCCUUUGUUCUCCGAUUUUUGGCAGAGGUUUCAGCAAUCAAUAAGUAUAUUAGCAACCAGGGGUGAGAGGACAGUGUUUAGGUUGACGCUUGUGAAGCAAUUUAAUAUGACCGAACACGCCAAUGAGCUACAAGAUUUAGCUAUGUUGGUAAGUUUGGGAAAGCCCUGUUUUAUUGAAAUAAAGGGUGUGACUUAUUGCGGUGUGAAUAGUGAUAUUACUAUGGCCAAUGUUCCGUGGCAUGAUCAGGUUGUGUUAUAUGCUCAUGCACUAAUAAGCGCCAGCGAAUGGGUUGGGACAAAUUACACUGUAAUUUGCCAGCAUCGACAUUCGUGCAGCGUAUUAAUUGCCAGUAACAAGUUUUUUUUUGAUGGAAAAUGGCACACUUGGAUACACUAUGAUAAGUUUCAUCAGUUGGUGAAUUCGGGUAAAGAUUUUGGCCCUUUGGAUUAUGCAGCGGAAACGCCAGAAUGGGCCCUGUUGGAUUCUAAGCACCAGGGCUUUGACCCAGAAGAUACUAGGUGGUACAGGAACGGAUCCAAAGCUAGUAAUGGUGUAAAUCGUCGUAAAAAUGAUUGUGGCAAUUGUAACUGUAACAAUAGUUAA